AUGAAGGUGAGAGGGUGUGGGGACUUCAUUCAAAUGCUGUCUGGAGCAGUUUGUACAUAAUACUACUUGUUCAAAUGUUGCCAGCCCGACAAGUAAGAUUUAUUUUCAACUAUUUGUGUAAGGCAUACAUUUUUAUAAAAAAUCACAAAUAGCUAACAGAAACAAGCCUUGUUUAUAUGUUGGUGAUGUGAGAGCAUUAAAGGGAAUAUUCAUUUGAUAUUUCUUGUUACAUCACAGGCUACCGAUAUUAUCAUCAUAGUCCUUAUAUUAAUGUAUAUUCUGCCUUUUUGCAGCCUGGAACUCAAGGUGGCUAACAGAUAAAAAUACAAAAACACAGAUAAAACAGAAAAGAGAAUCAUUAAAAAGUAAUUAGAUGCUAACAGAAUUAAAAUGAUAUAAAAUGAUCAAUUAAAAACCAAGAUAGUAACAAGAAAAACAUCACAACACCAGCCCUUUCCUUAAAAACAGUCAGUUCCUAAAGGCCUGUUGGAAUGAAAUGGCCAUCACCUGGAUAUGAUUCAGGCUACAAAACUGUAUUUUAAAUAGUACUGUACAUCUGUACAAAACAUUUUUUUUGUUAUUUGUGUUAGCUACAAAUGUAAUCCAAGGUGCAUGUGAAAACAUCACAUCUCUGCUCUUGGGCUUCAGAUCAUUGCCCCAGUUCACCUUCCGCAAGUGGUGAGGUCUUGCUUAACAAUCCUGAUUCAUUUCUCUGCCCAUUUCUUUUUGCUCUUUACAGCAAAAUCAACAGAUAGUGAAUGAUCUCAGCUGGUCUUAACUGGUGGUGCCAGUAUGUUUGCUAUGAUUCAAUUAAAUACAUGACAGAGUUGCUAAGCCUUUAAAAGUUAAGUAGAAAUGGAAACUUCAGAAGGUGUGGGUUCUGCCCCUGCUGUAACUAGGUUAGAGAGGAGUGGUUAAGAGAUCAAGCUGUGAGCCAGGAAGUGCCUAACUCAAAUUUCACCUAUGCUACAAACUUGCUCUGAGGUUGCCUUGGGUAAACCACUUUCUUCGAGUCUCACCUGCCCUAAUCUGUUUUGAACAUGGCAACAGUAAACUUAAAAUUUCUAUAUUUAGUCAUCAAAACAUCUUUUUCAAUCUUUCUGACCAUAUUAUAGGUUAAAUAUUACUUAAAAUUUAUCAUUAACAAGUUCUGGGAGCUGUGUGGGUCACCUUGGUCGUACGAAUGUGACUUCAUAGAAAAUACACAUUACCCAAUAAAUUGUUCAUUUGAACUUUUUUGUGUAGAAGGGGAAUGAAAAAGCAGCAUGCGUUGCACACCUGCCCUCUUAAGUUGUAAUAGUGUAUUUAUGUGCUUCUUAUAAAUUGUUUUUCAGGGGGGAUUUAAAAACAUUUCUAUUUACCCAGGCAUUUGAUGGCUGACAACCCUGAAAUCACUAAUUGAGGUAAUGUUUUUAACUGUUCUUUGAAUGCUAAGAACAUAAAAAGAGGCUGCCAACGGCUCAUCUAGUCCAAUAUCCUGUUUUCACAGUGGCCAGUCAGAUGCCUAUGGGAACUUUUAAGCAGGACCUGAGCACAAGAGCACUCUACCUUACUGCAGUGUCCAGUGUCUGUUGUUCAGAAGCAUACUACUUCUAAUCUGUCUAAUCCUCUUUUAAAACCAUCCAAGUUGGUGGCCAUCGCUGCUUCCUAUGCAUUUGACUAUGUACUGCAUGAAUAAGUACUUUUAAAAAAUCUGUCCUGAAUCUUUCAGCAGCUUCAUUGGAUGUCAGUACAUGUCAUGAACUUCCAGGCCUUUUCCCCCAGCCGAAACUCAGCUCUCAGAGGAGCAGCACAGGGCUGAGCUUGCUGCCUCAACUCAAAACGGGUGUGGAGCAGAGAAAGACUCUGUGCGCCAUUUUGAGCAAGCACCAGGACACGUAAGCAUUUUUAAAGCUUCUAUUCCUUUCUGCUUUAACUCUUAGGCACUCAUGAGAGAGGCAGAGGGAGUUUCCCAGGAGUAUAGCUUCUCUGGGAGCCGAACUCACACCAGAAAAACUGGGAACCGUGCUGUUGAACUCUGUGGCCUCAGCUUCCCAACCUUUACUUGAAGAAACUGAAGUGACACCAAACUGAAGUGACACACACACACACACACACACACACACACACACAUAUCUUUGUGGAAAGUCCAAAGUUCUCAGGGGGGCAGUUCCGGCACUUUUUUUCCUACCUCACCCUACUGCCACUGCAACCUGGGCAUAAGCUUUUCUGUCUAUGGGACCCCUGCCUUCAGCGGCUUCAGUUUAGUCCCCACUCAAUUGCAUCUGCCACCCCAGCCUUAAAUUUCCCCUCCCCUCACUCCUGGGUACUUUCACCCUUCCUACGUACACCUCCUCCCUAUGAUUAAGCCUCACCUGCCACCUUUCAAGCUGCCUUCCCUUCAGACAGAACAGUGCUCUAUAGAGACCUCACCAUUGUCUAAACCGAUUGACAGGGUCUCAAAUCCCUUUCACACGGCCCUCCCUGAACAUAUUGGCCUGGGGGAUUUUCCUGGCCCCAGUUGCAUGCUUUGCCGCUUCAUCUACAUACCUUCCUAUGGACCCUUCAUUUGCAAAGGAGAAGGAGAACUCCAUUUUAUGGCUGAAUACAGUUGUAUUCAGCUUAAGGACCAGGGUAGCAGGAGGCAGAAGCAUGCGCCGCCCCAGCCACUGCCCCCGCCUCCUCCUACUCACCCCCCACCUAUCAUCUCUCUGUCCCUUUCUCCCCUGCUCGCGCACACACACAUACUGCCUGGAGAUCAUAUCUGCAGACAGGUCCUAUAGAUACUUACUCAGGGCCCAGUGUCUCUACCUGGGCAGUUCAGGCAAGCAGAGUGGGGUGGGGAUGCAGCCUGGAGAGGUGAAGUCACAAAGCUUUGCCCACUGACAUCAGGUGUCAGCCUGCCUGGCCUUAGAGACACUGAAGUCAUAAAGACUGUCCCACUGACUAGCCCCUUUCUGCCUGGAUACCACAGCUAGCUCAGGAAGGAAACCAGCCUGGUCUCAUAGCCGGUCACUCAGGGAGCUCACAAUGCCUUACCCACUGACAUCAUGGACAGCUCAGGGAGAAGCCUUUCCAAUCUUGUGCUGAUUUGCAAAGCCCUGCACAACUUGGGCCCAAAACAUGAUUCUGUAUGAUCUCAGAAAAUUGAUUCUGCAUUACUGCACAGUGUGCCCAUUUGUAAAGAUAUGUAGGUAGGUGGUUCCAGCAAUAGGGAGUGAAUCCAUUCCACACCAGUUCAAUUAUUUCGUUGGUGGGUGUAUAUCAAGAUCACAGUCACCUUCUUUGUUGACCUGGGACAUACAGAGGGAAAGGCGUGGAUAACCUGUUCAAGGGAAGUGUUUUCAAAGUAACUACACACACCCUAGUGGACAGCAGGAGCUAGAGUUGAUCUAGAUUGAAAACAGCAUGUUGAGGAUAAGCAUGAAGGUUCCAGAUGGAGAAAAACCACACCUUUGUGCUACAAAUAAUUUUGUAUAUACGCAGCCUAUGUUGUUUGGGAACCCUAAGUUCCUCUUUAUAGAUGUGACCAAAGUAACACAGUGUACAGCAACACAGAAGUACCUCCAACAUUGCUUCUCAUAAGAUAUGAGUGAGUCAUAGAUUCUCCCUCCCUCCAAGUCCAAGGAUUGCAGACUGAGAUUAGUCUCGCUUACUACAUCUUACAUAACAUAUGGAGGCACCAAGGUCUAGUUUGUACAACACGGCAAGCCUUGGGAAGAGAAAAGCAACUUGUUCUUGGCUACAGCUCAUGGUUACUGAAGAGAGCUUAACCACAAAUCCCAGUUUGGAAAACAUGCUAAGUUAAAUCUUCAUUUAGCUCAGUGCAUCACAAGGACAAAAAAAAAAAAAAAAGGCUGGAGAGGAGCAAAGCAGCCACAACCUCCUCCCCAGAAACACACAAAUUUGCAGGUAAUCUGUAGUUUGGUUUACCGUGCCAUGUGAACCAAGCCUAUAUUUCCUUUAAAAAUUCCUUUUUAUAGCCCCGUGACCUUAAGAGUUGAUUUCUGUCAUGAGCAGUGCAAAAAACGUGGUGCUGUGGGUUAAACCACAGAGCCUAGGACUUGCCAAUCAGAAGGUCGGCGGUUUGAAUCCCUGCGACGGGAUGAGCUCCCGUUGCUCAGUCCCUGCUCCUGCCAACCUAGCAGUUUGAAAGCACAUCAAAGUGCAAGUAGAUAAAUAGGUACCGCUCCGGCGGGAAGGUAAACGGUGUUUCCGUGCGCUGCUCUGGUUCGCCAGAAGCGGCUUAGUCAUGCUGGGCACAUGACCCGGAAGCUGUAUGCCGGCUCCCUCGGCCAGUAAAGCGAGAUGAGCGCUGCAACCCCAGAGUCAGCCAUGACUGGACCUAAUGGUCAGGGGUCCCUUUACCUUUACCUUUUAAACCCAGCCUGAAAGUGCUAAACCCAAGACUAGACCAGAGUUCUGCUACAUGGCAUUUUUAUGCAGGAGCUGCUGAAAUGGCAGACUUGGACAGACUCCUCCAUUGGAGAAGUUUCUCAUGAAGUGCUUUUCAUGGGCAAAAAACAUGCACUAGAUCUCGAUUGCAUGUGGACUACAUAGAAAAAACAAGUUUUCCUUCUCUAUUGAUUCCAGAAUAAAGUGCCAUCUGUAUAUGCAGCCAUAGAUACUUUUUAAAAACACUUUCUGUAGCAGUUUGGAAUGCAGACACAUGUUGUCGUAGAGAUGCCGUGCAUGCCUGUGCAGACAUUUUGAAAGAGACAGAAAUUUCAUUGAGGAUUACAAACUUAUAACCCUUCUUGCUUGCCCUGUUUGUACCCUGUGGGUUUCUACAUCCUCCACAGAGAUAGGUGUGAUGGCAUAGAAUACACACACACACACACACACACACACACACACACACGGUACUGGAAUGCAGGUAUCUUGUAUUUUUAAAAUGUUGAAUUGUGGAAGAAACAAGUACAAGUUGCCCACACUCACUGUGACCUCCUGCAUAACUCUGCACACUUGUUUUCUUUUCCACUGCUCUCCUUAGCAUAAGAUGGGAAAGUGCACUGGGAACUCUUAUGCUAAUAAAGAUAAUGGGAAAUGUUGGCUUUGUUUCCAGUCCCUUCUAUAGAUUCAGCAGUCUCCCUACUCUACAUAAGCAGUUUGGCACUGCCGCUUAAAGUGCAAAUUCUUAUUUAUUUAUUCGGUUUUACAAUUUAGAAUAUUCGUUUAUACAACCUUAAACUUUCAAUGACUUCUCUUCUUCUCUUUCCAUGGUUCGUUUUGCAUAGCAUAAAUCCCUGCAUAUUUUAUAGAAACGAAACCAUUCAGUAUUCCAUUAUUACUUCCAUCAAAACUUAUUUACACUGUUGAAUUUAUCUUAAUUCUGCCAGCGUUUUCAAGUGUACACAAUUUCUUCCCAUAUAUUCAUUAAACAUUUUCCAAUCUUCUUUAAACAAAUGUUCUUCUUGUUCUCUUAUUCUACAAGUUAGACCUGCAAGCUGCACAUAUUCCAUCAUUUUAAGUUGCCAUUCUUCUUUGGUUGGGACCUCGCUCAUUUUCCAUUUUUGGGCUAACAAAACACAGGCCUCCAUAGUAGCAUAUAUAACUAACCUUUUUAGACACCUGGGAAUUUCCUUCUGAAUUAUCUCCAACAGAAAGGACUCUAGUUGUUUGUUUGUUUUUUUGAAAAGUGCUUUAAAACAUUUUUUUCAAUUCAUUAUAUUUAUAUUUGUUAAUUAUAAAUUAUUAAAAGUGCAAAUUCUAUUGAUAUCUACUCAGAAGCAAGUCCUGUUGAUUCCAAUGGGGCUUUUUGAAGUGUGUACAGGACUUCAGCCUGAAGUUAUUUAUUUGUCUGAGAUGGCUUCCUUACUCAACAUAACUCUGUGCUGUGGUUCAUGGGGGUAGUAUUUGUUGAUGGAUGACUGGCUCCUGAUAGCCACCUCUUCCCUUCCCAAAGUGCCAAGAACUGAUGCUCAGCUGGCCUGAAGCAUUUAAAAUAUGGAACAGUCAAAAGUUGGGCAGGGUUAAAACACAGCUGAUGGUGGCUGACCUGUUUACUGUAGGAGGACUCAUUGCCAGGAUUUAUCAUGAUUUAAAUGGCUCUAUCAGAAUAUUCUCCAGUUCUGAUGUUAAAUGUUAAAGCCUUUCUGUGGGAAAUGUAUACUGACGGACAAAAUAGAAAAGAUCAAUAUCAAACUUUUGUGACUGACCAACUGUUGCCACCAUAAAAGUCAUUCCGAACCAUUUUAAUUGCUUUCCCCCUGUCUCAUUAAACAAUUGUAGUGUUGCCUCGCCACCUUGUGGCAAACUCACAAAACUAAUAUUUCUCGUUCAACUCACACCACUUAAGAUUUCAUUGUACAGUGUGCUGGAAUAAUGAGAGUGGAAUAAAAUAUAUUUUUAAAACUUGCAAUUUGUGCAGGUUUUUUUUCUGCGUAAAAAGAUCAUUUGCUGGUUUCUAAAUAGAAUAGAUAAAGGGAUUUCAUGUUAAUAUAUAUAUGUGUGUGUGUGCGUGCCAUUUAUUACUUGUGCAUACUGCCACCUGCUGUUAUACAGAAAACAAAUUGUUACAUUUAGGUUUUAUGAAUUUGCCUACCCUGCUGUCCUCCAUAUGCUACUGGACUCAAACUCCCAUCAGUCCCAGGGAUGCUGGGAGUUGUAGUCCAGCAACCUCUGGAGGGCAAUGGUCUGCUCAGUGCUGGUCUCCUCAACUUAAGCCUGGAAAGUCGAUCUCCAGAUUUAAAGACAUUUUACUGUACUUGGAAGGAAGCUCCAAGUCACUGGAUCUUGCUUCCAAGAGGACAUUGGAUCAAGUUACACAAUUCCAAUUUUACAAAUGGGGAACAUGAAAUUAUGCUGCAGCAACUUGCCAAAUGCAAUUUUAGUCAUUUGAAUCCUACCUUUAAAAGUGCCUCUUCUCAGACCGACUCGUUUAUGACACAUGUAUGCUGGCCUUAGGGACGCGGGUGGCGCUGUGGGUUAAACCACAGAGCCUAGGACUUGCUGAUCAGAAGGUUGGCGGUUCGAAUCCCUGCAAUGGGGUGAGCUCCCGUUGCUCGGUCCCUGCUCCUGCCAACCUAGCAGUUCGAAAACACAUGAAAGUGCUAGUAGAUAAAUAGGUACUGCUCCGGCGGGAAGGUAAACGGCGUUUCCGUGUGCUGCUCUGGUUCGCCAGAAGCGGCUUAGUCAUGCUGGCCACAUGACCCGGAAUCUGUACGCCUGCUCCCUCGGCCAAUAAAGCGAGAUGAGCGCCGCAACCCCAGAGUCGGUCACGACUGGACCUAGUGGUCAGGGGUCUCUUUACCUUUACCUUUAUGCUGGCCUUAGCUUUUGGGACUUGUCUGCCAGCUGUACUAGACAGGAAUCUAGCUGGGAGAAGGGGACAUUGUUCUGCGAUCUCCUUUUCCCUGCUGUGUAAUCCUAGGGAGCCAUUGCAAGGUGAAGAUGAUGUCUUAGACUCCACAAACCCCUUGCUUCUCAUGUUCACCUUUUCAUUGGGGAAGGAAAAACUAAGAGACCAUGUGAAACCAGAGAGUUCUCAGACCAAGUUUACUUGCAGUGGUAACAGCAAUAUUUCUCUAUAGAUUGCCCAGAACAAGGUAGCUAGCACCCUUGUUAGUGAAAUUAAAUAAACACUCCUUUCUGGAACCCAGGGUGCAACUGGCUGAAUACAAAAUAGAUUUUUGUGUCUUGCAGGUCAAGAUAA